UGAUAUUUACGUUUGAUCCAUAGAUUGUCUAAGUAUCUAUUUCUAAUUUCAGAAAAAUGGGUUUGAAGAAUCUCCCACCUCUUAUAUUUAGGUGAAUUUGGUUCGGUUCCAUAUCAGCCGAAAGAGUGUCCUUCUUUUGCUCUCUUCGGCUGCCAUUGCAUUGGAUGGUUGGAUGACUGCUCUCAACACCACUUCACAUGCGACAGUCAUUACUUCUGAUACCACCCAACACUCGGACUCCCCACCAUCUUUAAUUCAUACUCCAAUGACAAGCUUUAAGUGCUCAGCCGGCCUCCGCGGCUCAGCUGCUCACGCCGUCGCCGUUGGAAACAAGGCAGUCAGGCGAACGCAUUGACUGUGAAUAGAAGACAUAUCAUCGCGUCGUCAUCUUAUGCCGAUUUAUUAGCUUCAAGAGGUCUUGAAGUUUACACUCUCAUCAACUCUUCUGCAUUCACUCUCGAUACUCGUCAUUUUAAAGCCCCAUUCAAAGUUAUCGGGAACUUUCUUCGUCUUACCUUCUCCACGCUUUCAUGUCAAAUCUCACUAGACUAUUGGGCUGACAUACUUACGGUUGCUCACGGAUUCUGGCGCCAGUUUCCGGGUGCUACAAUCCUGUCAAACGCUGUGUUCAGCUUUAUCACAGCCUCAACAGACGGCCACCACUGCUGGGAUGCCUCCUAUGCUUCAGUGAAAGCUUGAAAGAGCACCACAUUUAUCGCAGGGUGACCCCUCAAUAUUACAAUAAUACAUCUUUGAUAAAACGAGCGCGGAGUUUAUCUAACAAAACAUCCACGCGAAUUGAUCAAGACAUCAAUUCACACAGGACCAAUAGCGCAAGCUCACAAUGAGCGACAGGGCACAAACACGACCCCGGCCCUCGUGGUCUUCUUCGGAGGGCGCCAUCCAAGAAGCAGUAUCCCAGCAAUCGAAGGUUGAAGACUAUGAAGAAACAAACAGUCAAUCGCCCAGUGAGGGUGCUACUCACUAUCCAACACCGCCUAGUUCGUCAUCCAAAAUGGAGCACACCCGUUCAAACGUUCAACGAACUGUCAACGGGUCCGCCGUUACGCAGCUUACAUCCACCGAUGAUACAGCCGUAACUAAGCCCACUAGCAGCAAGAGAAAGAUGCUAAGGGAAGCUAGGAACAUGAAGAACAAGGGAGCACAUCGACCUGCCAGUAUAUCAUCAUCCGGGCCUGAUCCGCACUUUGUCCCCCAUGAGGCAUUCGCAUCGUCCCCGGAAUCGAGCUAUUUUAAGAAUACUCCCAGCGGACGUCAAGCAGCGCCUUCGGCAUAUGCUCCAACAACUGUUGCCGUUGCCAACUAUCCUCAAUCUCCUGUUAGUGCUAUGUCAUACGCUGGUUGGGGACCAAACCAUACUCCUGCUGGCUACCCGCCAUCACAAGACCCCUUUUCACCUCAGCAAUCGGGUUUUCCGCUAACCGAGCAACCUUAUCAUCCUGGAUUUACAUACGUGAACCAAAAGGCCAGCACAUUGGAGCCUCCUUUUGUCGAUCAAAACCCUUCAUACGAUACUUCUUACCCAGAAACUCAGGACGAAAUGGCUGCGCCUAAUGGCGAGCUUCCCAUCGAAGCUCUGCAUGGAUACGCGUCUAUUGCAGCCAGGAUCUCCGGCCGAGCCGAACCACAACUGAUACCCAUAUAUCGAAGAUUCGAUUGGCUACUUCACCGCAACCUCUUGCGUUAUCAAGACCAACUUGGGAUGUUGGAGGAAGAACUACUACGCAUGGAUUCCAUCACUACACGACUUGGGGGGCAUAUGCCUGUAUCUGCUCGGGAAGAACGGAGGUUUGGCCGCCAGAUCCAUAGAGAUAGGGUUGAUCUUAUGGAAAGAAUAGAUAUUAUUCUUUCCAAGUACAAAAUGGCGAUGUCGACACUGGAAGACAUGCAAAAACGACCGUCGCCAACGAACGACGAAAUACAAGCUUACAGAACUUAUCUGAACCAUAGGCAGAUUUUGAUAGAUGACGAAACUCAAUUCCUUGGUGCGUCAGACCUUGUCGUUCUACCACAUGGGACGGCAACAAAUGUUCCCAGAGUCAAUCAAGCACCACCUGCCGCUCCAAUUGUUCCUCUUAGAACUCUCAUAAACGGGUUUUCUAUGAGUUUUCUCUGUUUAGGGGUAUUGAUGAUGGUUCUUCCUGAUCUCGUAACCCGACUGGUCAUGUUGGUCUGCUAUGGUGUGCUGGUCACUACGAUAUUAUCGACUACCGGACAUCUCAGACGACUGAGACAACUGUUCGAAGGCUAAAUGGGACUUUUUUUUUAUUUCCAGCUCCAAGCUUCCAAGUGAAACCUUUCUCUUGAACGGCGGUUGGAAGAGUUUGAUAAGAGUUGAUGUCAAUACCCAAAUGCUUAGAUUGCGGGUUUACUUUCUUCUUUGUACGAUGAUGGGCAAAAUACGAGCUCGCAAUAUUAUCUUUGAGGACAUGAAAAACUAAUUGCGAUGAGAGUAUCAGGAUAAGAGAGAUAUCAUGAACUUUGUGUACCAAGUUGAGUGCUACAGCUGUCCAAAAACUACUCGCAGCGAACAUCAACACCAAUUUGUCAUCAUCUAGUAUCCAAUCGGGCGAAUGGUUUAGUGGUAUA